AUGAAAGAAACAAUCUCUGAGAAACUUGAGAAAUAUUUCUUUAACCUUCAAUAUGAAGAUUAUGAUAAGGCUGACCAAAAACUUAUUCAGCUUUUAUCUUUAGAAACUGAAGAAUGCGAAGAAUUGUAUCAAAAAGAACCCAAACUUUUUGAUCAAUAUUUUAGAAUGACUAAAAUAGAUGAACCUGAUACUGAAUCAGAACAAGAAGAUAACUUUAAGACUAAUACAAAAACUGUAAAGUUCGAAUAUUCAGAUAUGGAAGAUGAUGAAGCAGAAUCUUCUUAUACAGCCGCUAGAAGAAGCAAUAAAAAGAAAUAUGAGUUCAAAAUGCCUGUCCACAAUGGUAUUCCAAAUAGUGGUCAAGGAUCCAAUACGAUCAAUGUACUCAAUAUUGAUUGUAUCCAAGAUCUAAAACUCAGAGAAAGAGUUGUAGAAAAAUGGGUUACUGAGAUUUCACUAAUCUUACAGACAAACCCAGAUGAAUUUGAAAAAGCAAAAAAUGUUCUACUACUUUUAGAACACAAAACUGAUGGAAUUGUGCAAAAAUUCCUAAGAAACAAUAAUUGGAAUGAAGAAAUGCAUGGUUCAGAUCUUUUUGAUAAUAUCAUAAAUGUCAUAUACACUACUUUCUUAGGUCUUGAUUAUAUUUCUAAUAAAGACUUCACCAUUAAUAAGAAAGUUGACAUAGCAAGAGUUUCAAUGACAAAACUCCAAUUACAUGAUAUUAGUCUUCUCGACAAAUACACAUGUAUGUAUGAAUCAUAUCUGUAUGAUAUUCCACAAAGAAGUGAAUAUGCGCAAUGGAUAUCUGCUUACCUCAUGAAAAUUCCAAUUAUUGGAGAAACCUGUACAGACAGAUGGAAAAAAGAAGUUACUGGAGAAAUCCAGCAAACCAGUCUUUCUUAUGCAACAAAAAUUGCAAAAGAAGAAAUUGAUAGAAUCUGUCAAGACAGAUAUAAACAACAAAAACUUAAAACAAUAAGCAAAGAUUGUUGUAGCAUUCUCUCUGAUUUCAAAAACUUUGAUAUUGGAAAGAAAAAUUAUAAUAAGAAAAAGUAUAAAAACAAAAAGAAAUUCAAAUCUUUUUGGAAAAAAAAGAAGAAAAUUUUCACCAGGAAAAUACUUCAAAAAACCUUCAAAAGAAACACCUAA